UACAACUAACGCAUUUUUUUUUAGUGAAUAAAUACAUCCAUGUCUGAUGGCAUGGGCAAAUUGUUAGGUUCUUGUAAAGUUUUUGUUUCCCUCUUUUCUUCUAUAUAAGUGUAAGGGCCAAAGUUGUUUUUCCUUCAACUCUGGUACUGGUGGAAAAUGUCAAAUUCUAGCAAGGUGGAGACGAGUAUUGAAAUCAAGUCUGAAGCAAACAGGUUCCAUGAAUUCUUCGCACGAACACCGUACGAAAUAUGCAACAUCAGCCCCGACAAAGUUCCGAGUCAUAAAUUACUUGAAGGUGAAUGGGGUAAAGUGGGUUGUGUCUUCUUGUGGGAUUAUAUUGAAGAUGGGAAACCAACUUUUUCCAAGGAGUUAACUGAAGCCAUAGACGAUGUAAAUCAUUCGGUGACUUUCACAGUGCUUGAAGGAAACCCUCUAGAUCGAUACAAGAGCUUUAAGAUCACUUUACAAGUUACUCCAAAAUUAGAAGUUCAUGAUGAGGGCAGCGUGGUGAAUUUGGUCCUACAAUAUGAAAAGCUACAUGAUGGGGUUCCGGAUCCACAACUUCAGCUCCAGUUGGCUGUUAUUCUUGUUAAGGAGACUGAUAAUUUCCUCACCCAAGAAUAAGCGCGCCUACUUCAGACCGAUCUUAAUAGCAGUUUCACCCGUUUGGAGAGCGCAAGUGUAAGAACAAGGCAGUUGGCUUGCCCGUACUUUUUACCAUGAAUAAUACUUGUCUUUGUGCAACUCU